CGGGCACUGGGUCACCAGGUCAUUUGGCUUGCCAGCGGGCACCGCGUCAUCUGGCAAGGCAGUGGGCACCGAGUCACCAGGCACGACAGUGGGCACUGGGUCAGACAUUGGAUCGUCUGGCCCGACAGCGGGCAUCGAGUCACCAGGCAUGACAGCGGGCACUGGGUCAUCAGGCAUUGGAUUGUCUGGCUCGACAGCGGGCAUCGGGUCACCAGGUAUGACAGUGGGUGCUCCGAGUCACCAGGCAUGACCGCGGGCACUGGGUCAGACAUUGGAUCGUCUGGCUCGACAGCGGGCAUCGGGUCACCAGGCAUGACAGCGGGCACUGGGUCAUCAGGCAUUGGAUCGUCUGGCUCGACAGCGGGCAUCGGGUCACCAGGUAUGACCGUGGGCACUGGGUCAUCAGGCAUUGGAUCGUCUGGCUCGACAGCGGGCACUGGGUCAUCAGGCGUGAUAGGAUCAUCUGGCUGGAUCAGCUGGGUACAGGCAUCAGGCUGAAGUGCGGGUGCCGAGGCACC